GUGAAAUUAACCACAACUGUAGUUCUCUUGAGCCUCUGUGUUUUCCUCUUGCUCACAGCACCCUCCGUCACCUGCAAAUGCAUCGCCAAAAAGGGCGGGAAGACGAACGAUGGCGCGACCAGGAAAGUUUGCAAACGAGCCAGCGGCCGCAUGGUCGACGGCAACGACUGCUAUGCUAACUCCAUGAGCGAGAGAUUAUGCGAGUUUCACUUUAUCUGCGAGUUGCAGAAUGCGAGGAGCGGUUGUAGAUGUCCGGUCGGAUGUCUUGCGUGACAGGAAGGUUGAUAACCUCGAGCGGGAUCGAGACAGAGAUCGACGGCGAUGGCGAGGACGAGGCAGUGAGCACAGCUCAUCAUCACUCGUAUUGAUUUCCUUGGGUAUUCCUGUACCUACUUCGUGCUCUGGAGGGUAUUCUAGUAGUGGUUAUCGCCAAGCAUCUCCGUCGGUUGCCUCGCAAUCGCGAUCCCGUUCGGCCUCACCUAAGCCAUCAUUCUGGCAGAAGCUGAAAGCCGAGAAUGAGGAGCGAAAACAGAAAGAACGACAGAAUGUGAGCGCGAAAGAAGCGACCAGAAUCACAGGCUACGGAAGCGAAAAUAAACCAUAUGCGUAUAGCGAUGGUGCUGUGAUGGAGUUGCUUAUGAAUGGGUACGUGGAUCCGAAAAUAAGGAAGUCGCGAGAGGAGGCAAAGAAGCUAGCGGACACGGGUAAACGCUACAAUAAUGCAGAUACUGGAAAGAAAGAGCCGUAAGGUGAUAUUCAUAAAAUGUAUGGACAGUCUUUUGGAAGUGGCAUGCGAUAGUUCCUGGACGCUCUGCUCGCGUGCUUGAUACAAGUCGCUUGGUGUGCGGCAAUUCCAGUCUGCUUGCAUAACAAUGAAUGUAC